ACCGGGAGCCACUGCUGCAGCGUUCAUGUGUGCGUUUACCUCCCUUAAACUGUUAGAAAGACAACAUGCCCGUUAUCUGUGCAGCAACCGGGUGCAACAACAAGUUCAUUAAAGGUUCGGAAAUACGAUUUUACAGGUUCCCUCUCAGCAAACCUCAACUCGCCAGCAAAUGGGUUCACAGCUUGGGGAUGAAGAACUUCAUCCCGACCUCCAACACAUGCCUCUGCUCGGAGCAUUUCAGGACCGACUGCUUCCGGGACUACAACGGCAAACAGUUCCUCAGAGAAGACGCCGUGCCCACAAUAUUCACACAGCUACAGGAUACAUCCAAGAUCGAGCUGCGUAAAAGAGGCGUCCCACCAAAAGAAACGCCUGCUGUAAACCAGGCGUCGGCCCAGGCAGAGAAAGAGCGAGCGAGAGAGGCCGCGGCGCGGAGAGAGAGGAGGGGAGGCAUCAGGGGCGGACGGGGCGGCCGCGGCGGGAAGUCGGGCUCUGACAGGCAGUCCAUCGGCGCCAAGAGCAAAGUGUACGACAACAAAGGCCGCCUGCUCUCCAACGGCAAGGACGUGUGCGACUGCCUGGACGGCGACUGCAUGGGCUGCUUCUACCCCUGCCCCGAGUGCGGCUCGCGCAAGUGCGGCGUGGAGUGCCGCUGCGACAGGAAGUGGCUGUACGAGCAGGUGGAGGUGGAGGGGGGCGAGAUCAUCCGCAACAAGUUCGCCGUCUAGUUGGUUUUUGGAUGCGGCGUCGGCCGCUUUCUGACGGGCGAAAUCUGUUUUCACUGCUGUCAGUUACAUUGAUGGACCAAUGAAGACUGUUUUUUUUGUUGUUGUUUUUUUUCUUUUUGGAGAGUCUGAGGUAAUGUUGGAUGAUAUUUAUCACCUUUUUUUAAUGCUUUUUUCUUAUUUUUGUGUCAACUCGUAUUAAACUUGCUUUGAAAUUGUGUUUUUAUUUGAAAUAUUGUCACUCUCCAUUGAAGUGAAAUUCUGUGGCUGAUGUAUCUCUUGACAUUUGUCAUGACGGGUAAUAUUCUCUAGAAAAAUACAUUUUUACUGCAUUAUUUGCAGAGACAGAUACAUUUUCAAAAAAUAAAAUGAGUUGAGAAGUUUUCGGUCAACUGCCGUGGGGUUUUGUAAAUGGAAGGAAUAUUGAUAUGUCCGUAUUCACACAUUUUUAUUGCUCUUCACACAGCAGAGGUACAAAGCGCUCCAAAUACAAAUGAUAAAUUUCUAUAUAUGAUUUAGUGACUCUGCCUUUCAAGCUGUAUCUUUUGUUCUCUAUAUAAUUUUACACAAUCUUUCAAGGAAUUUUACACAGCUGAUGUUAACAACUUAGCAUAAACCAAAGCAUAUAUUUGCUUAAUAAGACUGAAUUCAAAGAAGGUGGAGAGAUGACCAGUCCAUCAUGGAUAGAAACACAAUCACACAUACACAAUGUUUUAGAGUCAUUUUACCUCAAAUGCAUGUUUCUGGAUGGAAAUGUGAGAAACUGCAAUCAGAGAUCUGCUC